AUUCAUCAAUGAGUUUCGUGGCCUUUUUUGUGUGUCUGUGAUUAUGAUGAAUAUGAAUAAUGUUUUCACAAGAGGAGAGUUGAUAAAAAUCCAAGAAACAAUAAAAAAUAAUAAGUUGUACAAACAAGAACUGAAUUUCAAAAUCAUUGUUAUCGGUGACUAUGGAGUUGGAAAAACGUCUAUCAUAAGAAGAUACACUGAAGGAGAAUUCUCCACGGAUUAUAGAAUUACAAUUGGAGCAGAUUUUGCCAUCAAGACUAUUGAAUGGGAUGAAGGCACAAGAAUAAAUUUGCACGUAUGGGACAUUGCAGGCCAUGAAAGAUUUGGAAGUUUACUAAGUGUAUUUUUUAGACAUGCGGUUGCUGCUGCUAUUGUUUUUGAUUUGACUCGACCAGACACUUUUAAAUCUGUGGACAAGGUUUGUUACUAUAUUUACAAUAACUAUUAUAGCACUCAAUCAUGUUUUCUGCAGUGGCUUAUAGAUUUAAGAAGAAAAAUUCAGGCACCUGAUGGACAAGCAAUACCUGUGGUCAUUUUAGCAAACAAGGGUGACAUAAUAGUCAAAACAGUGCCACAAGAAAUUGAUGAAUAUUGUAAACUGAACAAUAUUUUAGCAUGGUAUAUCACAUCAGCAAAAAAUAAUAUGAAUAUUGAUGAAGUCAUGAUCAGAUUAACAAAUGCAGCAGUGAAAAAUCAUUAUGGCUUACAAUGUUCAUUAAUAACUGAGGAACCAAUUCGAUUAAGUGACAAUACUCUAAACAACACACAAGAAGGAAGAAAAUGUUGCUAAAAUUCAUAAUAUAUCAAAGGAUCUGGUUCCUUAAUGAAAAACCUCAUAUCCAGAGCUGAAUGAAUCACCUUUGUUAUCCAACAAUAUGUAUAUUCUAUAAAAAAAUUAUGUAGUCAACAUGUACAACACUUUGGUGUGCUAGGUCUUUUUUUGUAGAUACCUACAAUACUCAUUUGAGAAGGGUAAGGAACUCAAAUUGCAUAGGAAUCCAAGAAUCUUCAAUUAUAUACCUCAAUCAAUUUGUGGUAGCUAUUCAGUCAAUUUCAUAAACAAAUGGAAUACCCAAUAGAAUCUCUUUUGGGCGGUAUUAUCACUAUAUACAGUAUGUACCUGAGGAUAACAGAAAUCAAAGAAGUUUGUCAAUCUUCAGUCAAGUAAUUUAGUACAAUUUAGUUAUCUUUGAACUAGUAAAAUUUUUAAUAUAUGAAUUCCUGUGAAUUUUGUUGCAAAUUUCCUCUGUACAGUAAUCUUUAUUAUGUGUUGUGAUUUUCAACACACAAGAAUAUUAGAAUAUGAAAAAAUGUAUAUACCUGGAAUGUACUCCCAAACAAGCACUAUUUCAUCUGAGUAAAAAUGAAGCUGACUAGAUUUUAACAAUUUCUUAACAUUCCUCAGAAUAUUUAAUCUUGACUCAAUUAAAUCAUUUUGUAUUCUUAAAGCAUCAGGAAAUAAAUAUAGAAUUAAAGAAUCACAAAUGUAAGCUAAUGAUAAGUACUCAAUAUUCUGUAAUACAGAUGUUCCAUGAUUAGUGUGUGAUACUUUGGUAGUACAUUCUAUGUCUGAAGUAAGAAUAAGGUGGAUUUUCAUGAAUAUUAAUUGUAUAUAAGUGACAUUUGAAAUUUUUGUUAGGGAGUGUAUUGAGCAGUAAUCCACUCUCCCAAAAACAAACACAGAUUGUAUGGAAUAGGUAUUAUUAAUAUGAGAUCGGACAUUUGCUUUGUGAGAUCAGGAAUAUCAAGCCCUGGGAUUAGACAUAUUAAAACAGGAUUAUACACCUUGUAUACACUGGUAUACAUAUAUUGGACAUAGUGGUCAACCACUUGAAGUGUAUCAAACAAUGCUCACUUUCACUUGCAAUUUCACUACAGAAAUUGAUGAAAUUUUCAGUUCCAAACUAAAAUAUUAUGAUCUCCAAGCAAAAAUCAUGCAUUUACCUAUUGAACAUCUCAUACUGACAAAUACCAUCAAUUUGGCAAUUUCAUGCUGGAUUAUAUGUUUGAAUCAAUUUUUACCACAUAACUUUUCAAUUCAUUAUUCCUGUUUGACUGCCAUACUACUGAAUUCUGAUUCACCUGUUGAUGUGUUCAAAUUUAUAAAUUUACUCUUAUCUCUCUGGUUACUUGGUAGAAUCUC